AUGAAGCUGGAUGCGGUGAUCAAGAAGGACAAUCGUCAAGUGGCGAAAGGCGAUAUCCUGGUUCCGAAGAAUUUCAAGGCUCCAUCGCAGAAAUAUUCUGGUCAUUUCGAUUGGACUUACGAAAAUAAGCCAUACAAAGCAUCAGGUGAGUAUGUACGGAACAAGAACGCACAAGGUUCAACACAUUUGCUAACAAUCGAUGGUAACAACGAUGUGAAAGGAUCACUACAAUUCGAUCUACUUGAUAAAGUGCAUUUGAAAUGUGAUGUGCAGAAAGGUGGCAGAAGGGUAUCGCUUACGGAAAUGACUGCGGGACCGUUGAAGUGGGAUCAUUUCGAGUUGGACGGACACGUUGAUACGGACCAUCCGUUACCGAAGAAAUCCGUAAAGACGAAAGCAGCGUUCAGUUACCGAGCCAAUCAGGUGAAUUACGAGGGCAGAGUGGAAUCCGAUGGAGAGCGAUACGCAGUGGAAGGUAAAUGGCGAAAACAACAGAAGACACCGAAACAGAGACAGUAUGUCUACUCGUUGGCACUACAUGCACCUCAGGGAAGUUUGAGUGUGGGUGACGAUGUUAUUGUCGAAGAUGCGUUCACAAUUCGUCGAAUGCAAUCGGAUGCAACCGUGAAGGUGGGACGAGACGAGUACAAAAUGCACAGAACCAUUGAGAAUCAACCGCAACAUUUCAAAUUCGAUAAUGAACUUACGUCGAAUACGGGCAAAAGUGCGAAAUCAACGCUGGAUUAUACGCACGUUGGUGGUAACAGGAAGCUGGAUGCGUUCUGGAAGUACAAUGAGAAGCAAGUGCAAGCGGACAUUGAAACGCUGUAUGAAGAUCGUAAGAUGAAAAUCAAAGCGCACUCGAAUAUCGGAUGUGAAAAAGUGACCAAUUGGAAUUGUGAAGUAGAAGGCAACGUGAACGAUAAUUACGUAUUGCAAGCACACGAAAAGUUGUCACCACAACAAUCCGACAUCGGUUAUCUAUUGAGAUUGGAUAAAUUCUUGGAUAACGAAGGCAAACUCGAAUAUCAUAUCGAUAAGCGUGCGCAAAAGUUUGAAACGAAAGCGUUGAUGAGAAAUUCGAAUCGUAAAUAUCAUUUCGAUAUGAACGUCGACCGCGAUCAUGGCUCACUGAAACUGCAGACACCAACUCAAUUGAUCACUGACGCUCAGAUGCGCGUUGUGAGAAAAGGACCAGAGGAGUUCGAGAUCUCCAGUCAAGCCGGUGGAGCGGCUCGUGGCAAGGUGAAAGCGCAUUUGAAGACCGCAGACAAUGAUCAACUGUUCCAAAUACAGAUCACUGAUAUCAAAGAGCCGUUUGAGUUGAUGUUGAAGAAUACGAAAUCUGGAAAUAGGCAAACUUCACAAGUUGAAUUCACGCUCGAUCCAUUGGCUAGCAAGAAGACGUAUGGUGCGGAGAGUGUGAUAGAAGACGACGGAGGUAAAUUCCGUGGCAUGUUGGUGACUUUGAAACAUCCAAAACGUAGCGUACAUGUGGAACUGCGUAGACCUGCACACAACAAAUAUCUGUUCUCAAUUCAACCAAAAAUGGGCAGUGCACGUCGUCCAACAGUGGCCGAGAUGACCUAUGAUAAAAAUCCGAAUGGUUAUCACUGGGAGGGAUCGUUGACGGAUCCAGCUUUGAAGAGUCCAAUUAAAGCGAAAUUUGAUCUGGUGAAGAGUGGACGUGAUCAACACAAUUAUGGAUUGAGCAUUAAGAGCGAGGUAGAUUACAGUGGCCAACCGCAGAAGCUGAUCAGUCACUCGCUGAAGAUUGAACGAAAGGAGGUCGGUGCACACCGUAGACGUCGUGCUGCGGCUCAUGCUGUUAAAUUUGAAGCUGAGAUGCUAGCGACACAUCCCGCAUCCAAUAAGCAUUUGCGUUUGUGGGUGAAUGUUGAUCGUAAGCAAGUGCAUGAUGCACUACUACCGGUGCACACAACACUCGGUGUGCAGACCAUGAAUCGACAGAAGAAGAUGGUCGAAUACUCGUUCAGUGCCGACUCGGAUGCGAUGUCGUUCACCGAACUGAAACUUAACUAUCCACAAACAAAAAUGAAAGCCCGAGUGGAUGCCGUUGGCGAUAAACACUACAAACUGGCCUUCUAUCGAGUCAGUCUUUUAUUUGGUCGAUUCAACAACACUUUUUGGAAUACUUUUUGA